AGCAGGGGACAGGACAACAAUGUUAAGCAUCUCAAGGCCAAGCAGGGCUUCAGGAAGAUAAAAAGCCAGUUUUCCCAGGCUCUGACAAACAAUACCUUGUUGCAGCAUCCCCGUCUGGUCGCUCCUACCGUCGCACGCCGCCGCCGCCGCCCUUAUAUUCGCCCGCCGCCCUCCACCCGUCCAGACACCCGACAUGUCCUUUGCCUUUGUCGCCAUGACGGCACUGAUGUGCUCUUCUGCGGUGAUUGCGAUCGUCCUGCAGCCGUCCAAGCAAGAAGCCGCCAUGACACAAGACUCCAACGGCAGGUACCAUGGAGAGUCCCUGCAGUCCAUCCGCAAGGAGCUCCUGUCCGCCCUCAACCUGCAGACUGAGCCGCGGCUGCCAGAGGGCGCCGGGGAGCAGUGGCGCGGAACUGCCGGGCGCCUCCAGGCCGCGGCAGCUUCAUCUGUCUCCGGUGAUGGGCGGGAAACCUCAGGGUGCUGCACUGAGACCUCAGAGGUUUUCAUGACAGAUCUGGGCUGGGACAACUGGGUCAUCCACCCGCAGCGCCUCACCCUGGUGCACUGCGCCCCCUGCGGCCACCGAGAGCCCUGCAGGCCCCAGCAGCCCAACGGGCCUCAGUGUGACGACUCGCAGGUCCAGGCGCCGUGUUGCCAGCCCACAGGCCAGGAAGAAGUCAACGUCCUUUACAUGGACGAGUCGAACACUGUGACCCUCACCUCCAUGCGGCUGACCCGCCGCUGCGGCUGCUCGGCCGCUCCGCAGCCCCGCGGCGACUAAACCUUUGUCGCCCGUGGCGCACUACGGCUCCGAAACUCCAAAAACACUUGAAUAGCUUCAUGUACAUCCGUAGUAGCGUACUGUAAAGAGCUCUUUGGCGAGAAAUUGAUCAUCAGUAAAACAGAUGACCGCAAUUAAAAAACACUUUUAUAAAAUUGACCAAUUUUGAAGACCCAGCGCUCAGAUUGGGCAACCCUGCUGACUUCAUUGCCGAUUAAUCCACCUCAUAAUACGACCAGACCCGAAUAUUUACAAAUUUGUGAUGUAUUGGACUUUCACGUGGUUCUUCUGCUUCCUCAAAGGUUUGCAUUCCUGUUUCUACAAGCAACAGAAAAGCAGAGGAUGAAACCUUCGUGCGAUCACGUUUUUUUUUUUUUUUUUUGGGGGGGAGGGGGUUGGAAUCCACAUUUUUUGUCAUCUAGAAAUGACCACGUGACACCGCACACUUGACACACUUCAGAUUUAUACCCUUGGAAAUCCCCCCGGGUGGUGGUGGGGGGGGGGGUAUUUAAAGCUCCUCACGGGUACCGAGCGUUCCCUUCCAAAAAUGUGCAAACGUCCCUGAGGCGAACACUGUGCUCAUCUCUGCAGAAAAGUGGAAAAAGAAGUCUGUUUGGUUUCAGCACCAACCGUCCCCACAUCAGGGGAUUGCUUUAAAUUAUAUACACAAGCAAAGUUGUUGUUUUUAUGUCCAAAUCUGCAAGGGAGCUGUAUUAGAUAAUGUGUGUUAUAGAUGAGAGCUGUCCAGGGAAAGAUACAAAAAAACUCAAAGCUCCAUUACACCCCAAUUUUUCAAAAUUGAGACCUCAAUGCCAGUUUCACUUUGCAACAUAAAAUUUGUUGUAAAUGUGUAUUAGGAGAUCCCCCCCCCCCCAAAAAAAAAACACCUUUAAAAGUCUUUGUUUUUUAGUCGGGCACAAUGGUUUCCUGUAUUUACAGUAGGACACAAGAUGGUGCCAGAGAGCUCAGAUUUUUUUUUUCCACAGCUCAGAUUUCUCCUGUAUUGUCAAUGUUUUGAACAAAUAUAGAAAAAAAAAGUAUUUUUAAAAUUGCAAACUCCCCCUUAAGGCCUUAAUUUAGGAAAUGGAAGACAAAACAAUUUGAUUAAAUUGUAGAAGUCUCCAGUGAUUGUGACUACUAGGACUGUUUAUAUAGUAUUUUAAGACAUUUUGCAAAAAAAUUGUGAAAUUAUAAUUAAGGCUUUAACUUUAGAACUUGAAGUAUUCCUGGGAUCUUUUUCUAGCCUACUUUGAUUAAAUUUAAGAUCUCCAACCAUCGUCUCCAACCGAAGUUUUGCAUACUUUUUACCACCUGUUUUAGGGAAAAAUUAAAAACAAAUUGAAGAUAUGUUUCUUUCUGGACCGUGACCAUAUGAUAAUUGAUUGUAGUUCUCUAUACUUUACUGACUGCUGAGCUGAGUUUUAUUUUUUUAUUAUUAUUAUUUUUACAGGGUUACCUCACUUGAAUAUUUUUUUCCCUAUGAAUCAUCAUAGUUUAUAUAUGUUUGUCAUUUCGUAGCACCUCAACCCUAACCAUAUGCUGAUGAAAAAUUCUGUUACUGAGUUCAUGAUUCACUGCUUCCGGUUCUUGUUUAAUAAAAGCUAUCGAAAUCAA